GGUAAGCAUCAGUGUGGCUCCGGCCUUGGUGGAGAGUGGACGUGUAUCGCUCUGCUCCUAGACACGUUGAGAGCUUUACCCCCCUCUCCCUCCACCCCCCUAACUCUCCUCUCCCUGUCCCUCUCUCUCUCUCUCCCUCACUCUUACCUCUCACAUAAGCCAGGAUGUCCCUGGCGGCGCGUCUGGGCCUGAGGUCACGGCGGGCAAGGCUGAAGCCCCUCCUGCUGGCCAGCCUGUGCUACCUGGUCACCGCCACCCUGCUCUCCCGCCACGCCGGAACAGGAGAGAAAUGGAAGGAGGAGGGAAGAGAGAAAGAAAGUAGCCUCCUCUUCUCUUCCUCCUCUUCCUCCUCCUCCUCCUCCUUCCUUCCCUCCCGCACUCUUCUUGAAACCAAGCAUAGGGAGGAGGAGGUAGAGGAAGAGGAGCAUAAAGAAGCGCACACGAGGAUGAAAGAAGACGAAGAAGAGGAGGAGGAGAAAGAGGAAGAGGAGGAGGAAAGACACAUGAAAACAGAGGAGAGAAAAGAAGAAAGAGAAGAAGAAGAGGAGAGAGAAAGAGAAGAGGGAGGAACAAGUAAACACAAAGAACACGAAGAGGAAGAAGAAAAAGGAAAAAAGACUAAAGAAAAAGAAGAACGAAGAGAAGAACAAGAAGAACAAGGAAAUAAAGAAGAACAACACGAAGGACAGAAAAAGAAGAUUAAAAAUGAAACACAAUUGAAAAACAAACAUUCUAUUAAACCCACAAAAAUUACAGAAACUCUAGCAGGAGUGGGAGGAGCAGGAGGAGCAGCAGCAGCAGCAGGGGGGCAGCAGGGAAGGGAGCGACAGCAGAGGGGGUCAAAUCGUAUGGGAACUGUACCCCACCAGCCAUAGAACAGUUUCCAAAGGGCUUCAUGUCCCCGAGAACAAGAAAAAAUGGAGGUUUAAUUAUUCAUAUUAUUAUCACUGCUUACAUGUUUUUGGGAAUUGCUAUAAUUUGUGACGAAUACUUUGUUCCUUCCCUCGAGAUGAUCUGUGACGCACUGAGUCUGGCAGAAGACGUUGCAGGGGCGACCUUCAUGGCAGCGGGUUCCUCUGCCCCUGAACUGGCCACCUCUGUCAUUGCUGUGUUUGUAGCUAAGGACGACAUUGGCAUCAGCGGGGUCAUUGGGUCAGCAGUGUUCAAUAUAAUGUUUGUGAUCUCCGUGUGUGCACUGUUCGCUGGCCAGGUCAUCUCCCUUAACUGGUGGCCCCUCAUUAGAGACUCCACCUUCUACUGUCUCUCCAUCUGCGCACUUCUCCUCACCAUCUACGACGAGGAUGUGACGUGGUAUGAGUCAGUAUUCCUGUUGCUUCUGUAUGGACUGUAUAUCUUCAUGAUGUACCACAAUACGCGGUUAGAGGCGUGGGCAAACACACUCAAUGUUCCCUUCAAGACUGCUACACGAGAAGAAAAGUCCUCUCUCUUCGGAACCAAGCCUGUAGCACCUGUCACGGAGGCUGCAGCUGUGAGGGGAGACGUGGAGGGCGCAGGUGUGGAAGGGCAGGUGCAAGCAGAAGAAGACACAUGCACGCCGUUACUUGGAAGCUGUGAGAGAGAAGGAAGAAUCACCCACACUGAUGGAGAGGAGGUUCCCAAGCCCCCGCCCCCCACAGAGGUAGAGGCGGCCACCACUAAGAGUAUGGCCCCUGAAAUGAAGGACGACGACUACAGCCCCUGGGAGAUACCGGUGGGGGUUUGCGAGAGGCUGUACUGGGGUCUCUCUCUCCCCUUGGUCGCCCUUCACCACGUCACGACCCCUGAUUGUAGAAGACCCAGGUUCAGACGCUGGUACCUCUUGACUUUCUUCAUGAGUAUGGUGUGGAUUGCAGCUUAUUCCUACCUCAUGGUGUGGAUGAUUACCGUGAUAGGCUUCACGCUGGGUAUUCGUGACACCAUCAUGGGCCUGACCUUAGUGGCUGUAGGAGUCUCUGCCCCGGACGCCCUCUCAUCUCUCUGCGUGGCUAAGCAAGGUUUCGGGGACAUGGCAGUGAGCAACGCAAUAGGCAGCAAUGUAUUUGAUAUCCUGCUUUGCCUCGGCCUGCCCUGGUUCUUGCGCACCGCCAUCGUGUACCCUGGAAGCUUAGUUCCUGUGGAGAGUAGAGGGCUGAUGUACUCCACUAUCUCCCUUUUCUCCACUGUGAUCUUCCUCAUCGUGGCCACGCACCUGAACGGCUGGAAACUUGACAAGAAAUAUGGCGUUGUUUUAAUGAUCUGGUAUUUAAUCUUCAUGGUUUUUGCAAGCUUGUAUGAACUUAAUGUAUUCUCUAACCUCAAUCCACCCCAGUGUCCUAGUAACUACUGAAGAGGUUAUUAAGUUGAGAGGGGAGAGACGGAAUAGAGAGAAGGAAAUGUCAAGGAAGAAGGGAAGAAGGGAAGGAAAAGAAGGAAGAAAGGAAGGAAAAGAGGGAAAAGUAUAAAAGAAAGUAAAGUUGGGGGUAAGAAAAGAUUGAAAAAUAAGGAAGGUAAAGGGAAAAAAGUCAAGAAAGAAGGGGAAGAAGAGAAGGAAAUGAUAGAAAAGCUAAGAAAGGAGGGAAGAGAAGAGAAAGAGGAAGAGAUAUAAAAACGUACAGAUGGAAGAAGAGAGAGACGUGACAAAAAAAAUAGAUGAAAAAUGAGGAAGAAGAGAAAGGAAUAACAGAAAAAAAGUCAAGAAAAGAGGGAAGAACGCCAAAGAGAGAGAGAAUAAGAGAAAAUAUAAUUAAAAAGGUAAGGAGGAAGAGAAAUAACAACACCAAAAGAAAGAAAAGGUAAAAAAUAUAAAAAAAAGGUUAGAAAUUGAGGAAGAAGUAAAAAAAAAAAUGAUAAAGGUCAGAAAAAGAGAAGAAAA